AUGGAAAUUAAAUCACAGCCAACCCAAACAUACUGGAAUAUAGAAUUCUUCCAUGGUGCAUUAUCACUUGCCAUUCACUCCAAUGAAAUCCAAGGAUUCCAAAAAUUUCUUCAGAGCAGAAGUCUUUCGGACAGCACAGAAGAUGGAUUCAUCAAGGACUUCUGGGCACUGGCAUUUGGUUGCCUCCUCCCAAAUUCCUUUCUGAUACAUUCUUGGCAAUUUGAGUACACAGGUAACUGCACUGGAGAGGAGAAGCUGGAAGAUCUUCUUCUGCCCUAUUUGGAAAUGCAUAUGACUGGCUACAGCUACAGCAUCUACAAUGCUGUCUAUGUUGUGGCCCAUGCUUUACAUGCUAUGUAUUUGUUGACACCUAACAGAGCAAUGACUGAAGGAAAGACAAAGAAGCUCCAGAGUCUUCAACCACGGCAGCUCCAUCACUUAUUAAAAGGUGUGUCCUUUAACAACAGUGCCGGUGACAAAGUUUCCUUUAAUGAGAAUUGGGAAUUAGUCACAGAAUUUGAUGUCAUCAACUGUGUCACCUUCUCAAACCAAUCUGUCAUUCAAACUAAAAUUGGAAGGCUGGAUCCCCAGGCACCUGUGGACCAAGGAAUCAUCAUGAAUAAAGGUGCCAUUGUGUGGCAUAACUGGUUCAAUCAGGUUCAGCCCCUUUCUCUGUGUAAUGGCCACUGCCAUCCUGGUAACAGCAAGAGAAGGAAGGAGGGGGAGCCUUUCUGCUGCUACGAUUGCAUCCCAUGCCCAGAAGGGAAGAUAUCGGACAAGAAUGACAUGAGUGACUGUUUUACAUGCCCAGAUGAACAGUAUCCAAACAAGAAUCAGAAUGCCUGCAUUCCCAAGGUCGUCAGUUUCUUGUCUUAUGAAGAACCAUUGGGGAUUGGAUCAGCUGUUAGUGCUCUUUCAUUUUCACUCAUCACCCUUCUCAUCCUAGGACUAUUUACAAAGCACCACGACACUCCCAUUGUCAAAGCCAACAACAGAAGUCUCACCUACAUGCUUCUCAUCUCGCUCCUCCUCUGCUUUCUUUGUGCCUUGUUAUUCAUUGGCCAACCUGAGAUGGUGGCCUGUCUUGUACGACAAAUAGCUUUUGGCAUUAUUUUCUCAGUGGCUGUUUCCUCCGUGUUGGCUAAAACUAUCACUGUGGUUCUGGCUUUCCUGGCUACUAAGCCUGGAUCGAGCAUGAGGAAGUGGGUGGGGAAAAGCUUGGCCACCUCAAUUGUUCUUUCUUGUACUCUUAUUCAAGCAGGCAUUUGUAUUGCAUGGCUGGUAGCCUCUCCCCCUUUUCCAGAUGCUGAUAUGCAGUCAGUGAUUCAAGAAAUUACACUGGAAUGUAAUGAGGGCUCAACUGCCAUGUUUUACUGUGUCCUGGGCUACAUGGGUCUCCUGGCCAUCGCCAGCUUCACUGUGGCUUUCCCGGCUAGGAAGUUACCUGACAGUUUCAAUGAAGCCAAGUUCAUUGCUUUCAGCAUGUUGGUCUUUUGCAGUGUUUGGCUGUCCUUUGUUCCCACCUACCUGAGCACUAAAGGGAAAUACAUGGUGGCUGUGGAAAUCUUCUCUAUCUUAGCCUCCAGUGCUGGGCUGUUGGGUUUCAUCUUUCUCCCCAAAUGCUACAUUAUUGUUCUGAAGCCUGAGUUGAACAACAGGGAACAACUUAUAAGGAGGAAACACUAA